CAUUGCAUAAGUGCUAAUUUACUAAAUAUAUAAACAGUUUUUCUGAUGUCGGAUGGCGAUUCGCUUUCCGAUUGUCAUCGCGCGUUAUUCGUUAUCAUAAAUUGGACGUCGGCCGCAUAAAAUUUAUUAAUUGGGAUCCAUUGCGGCGGAUAAUCGUCUUCGUAACCUAUCGAUCGGCAGAGGUCGUGUGAUGAGGUGAAGAUGGAAGACUUAGAAACAGACGAAGUCGAAACUUUACAUCAAGAAUUCGAAUGGCUUCUUCAAAAUGAAGUAAAUGCUAUUUUGCAAAAGCUACAUAAUAUUAUUUUGGAAUGCAGUAGACGAUUUUGUCUUUCUAUAACAAAAGAUGACACUCUUGUUAAAAGUGAAAAGUUUGAAAUGACAAAUGGAAGUAAUUCCUCUGUGGGAGAUGUGAAAGCAACGCUUACUCUUUAUGGUGAUAAUAUAACUCAUGCUGAUAUAAAACUCAAAAUAUACAAACAUUCUAAUCCGUCUCAUCGGACCAUUGUGCAAAAUGACUGUCAGUGGAAACUUCAACAGAUUCAGGAUGCCGGAAAUCACCUAAUGGCAGCACUCCAUCUUUUCUCUUCUUAUCCAUGCAUAGCUGAGAAUGGAAAAUUUAAUUUCAAAUCGGCAGAAGAAGUUAUACAGAUGAUAAAUAGCUUGAUGGGAUGUUUACAGCGUGGUAGAACGAGCUUAAUUGUACCUAAAAAGAGGACCAUGGAUGAUUUACAGAACAGUAGGAAUAUGAAAUCGCUUCAACCACCUCUUCCGCUCGAUUUGGCCGUCAGUUUUUAUAUUCAGUCUCACAAGUUGGUGAUUGCUGUCUAUCACAUACAAAAAGAUUCACAAGGACAAACAAAAUUUGAUGUUUUGCAGGCCGAAUCAUUCGUUCCAUGGUUAAAUGAAGCCCUUAUUUUAUUCUCAGUCGGUCUUCAACUCUGCCAACAAUUGAAAGAUAAAGUAUCAGUCUUCUCUCAAUAUAAAGAGAUGAACAACAUUUAAGACUGUACAGUCCAUAUUAUUAUACUUUGUUAAUCAGAAUGCCAAUAUUUUUGUUUUUGAUUUGUUAUUUUUAUAAUCUAGUCAUGAAUCAUUAUAAUUAUAUAUAUAUAAAAUUGUAUUUAUUAAAUGUUUAGAGUUAGUUUCAAAUGAAACAGAAGUCUUUCAGAAUACUAAUUUGAAAAUGAAUUUGUGAUUUAUUUUGUUUAUUCUGUCAUAUUGGAAGGAAUCUAGUUUAAAAUCACAGAUUGUUAGACAAUUCUACAUCCUAGCUAGAUAAUUAUAUUAGAUGGUUAUGUAGUUCUAGAAUAAAAAGAAAAAAAGCAAUAUAUUUAAAAGUCAAGGUUUUUAAGCUGUGUUCAAAAUACAAAAUCUGUAAAUUAAAGAAAGUAAUAAUUGUAAACAGUUUUAAAAUAUAGGAAGUAGAUAUAUUAGUCCAUAAUCUUUAUAAAGAACAAAAUUAUAUUACUUAAGCAUUUUAUCUUAAAUCUUUAUUUUUAUUAUAAAAAUUUUAAAUUAAUUUAAUGCAAAGCAAGUUAUUUAAUUGCUAUAAUUUGAUAUAUUUUAUAAUCUAGUCAAAUUUCCUUUUGUAAAAAAUAAGAGAUAAGCUUUAUCCUUAAAGGAUAACAGCUGUAUGAAGAGCUCAAUAUUAACUUCAUAAAAACACGUUUUAUAUGCAACAUUGUAACAAUAGAUAGUUAUUAAUAUACACGCAAAAUUCUGGGAUAAUAUUUACAAUAUAAUUAACAGAUUAGUUGAAUAUAUUAAUACAGUAGAGCCUCAAUUAUCCGACUCAAUUGGGGACUGGGGUUGGUUGGAUA